AUGGAAUCAUUACCGCAGAAUCAUGCAAAUAAUGACCGUUUGAACUUACUAAGGAGCAGAGUCAUAUUAGAAUCAGACCGCAUCAAAAGUGUGUCUUCUAUGGAAUUUCCCGGUCUGAGUUCAAGAGUGGAUACUAACUGGGAUCUUGAUAACUUUAAAAAAGUACCUACAAUGGCCAUCGAAACUGUAUAUGUGCAUAAUAAUACCUCAAUAAUAGUCGACGAAGUACUUGCACAUCGACUAGGUUUGAUCCCAAUAAAAGUUGAUCCAGAAGAUUUUGAUUUUCGGUCAAAAAAUCCUGACGAUCCACCAACUGAUAGAGAUACAAUCGUUUUUAUGUUAAACAUUGAAUGUAAAGAGAAUCCAACGGCAAAUCCUAAUGAGCGAGAUCCGGAUAAAAGAUUUAUUAAUUCAAAUGUCUAUUCUUCGGAUUUAAAAUGGGCUCCUCAAGGUGAUCAAGGAGUAAGAUAUGAAAAUAAUCCGAUUAAACCGGUUCAUGAUGAUAUUCUAUUAGCAAAAUUAAGACCAGGACAGAAAAUCUUGUUACAGGCUCAUUGUGCGAAAGGAAUAGGGAAAGAACACGCGAAAUGGUCUCCUGUUGCUACCGCUUCAUACCGUUUAUUACCUGAAAUCAUACUAAAGAAAGAAAUAAAGGGAGACCUUGCGUAUAAAUUUGCUUCAUGCUUUCCGAUAGGAGUGGUAAAAAUCACAGAAAACGAGAAUGGUGAAAAGGUCGCUAAAGUGGUAAAUCCCAGAAAAGACACUGUAAGUCGUGAAGUGCUGCGACACAAGGAAUUUCAAGAUAUUGUACAGUUGACUCGAGUCCGGGAUCACUUUAUCUUUAACAUCGAAAGCACAGGAAUACUGCCACCCGGAAUUUUAUUUCAACGAUCUAUCGAGAUACUAAUUCAGAAAUGUGCUAUUGUCAAAGAAGCGCUACGAAGAAAAUUAAAAGUUUUGGCGGAGGAAGAGGUCAAUCGUGAGAAUGAUGCUAAUAAGAUGGAUAUAGGUUAA